UCAUUCUUCAUCUUCAGCCAUGGAUGUCCCUGCGGCCGACAGCGAGUGGAGGAGUCCUCAGUUCCGACAGAAAGUCGUUGUUCAGAUUGAAGAUGCCAUGAGAAAGGCUGGAUCUGGAAACACCACGCACAAGUCAGGGACCGACAUGGAGAACCAUAUCUUCCUCAAAGCCAAGAGCAGAGAGGAAUAUCUCUCUCUGGUAGCGAGGCUCAUCAUCCACUUCAGAGACAUCCAUAAGAAGGCCAUGGGAGCACCCGUUGAUCUGUCACACCGGCAGCGUUAUUCCUGUAGCGGAAGACAGAAGAAGAAAAGCUCCGAUCCGAGAAAUAACUCCUCCGUUUGGGGUCAUUCUUCAGCCAUGGAUGUCCCUGCGGCCGACAGCGAGUGGAGGAGCCCUCAGUUCCGACAGAAAGUCGUUGCUCAGAUUGAAGAUGCCAUGAGUAAGGCUGGAUGUGGAAACACCACGCACAAGUCAGGGACCGACAUGGAGAACCAUGUCUUCCUCAAAGCCAAGAGCAGAGAGGAAUAUCUCUCUCUGGUAGCGAGGCUCAUCAUCCACUUCAGAGACAUCCAUAAGAAGGCCAUGGGAGCACCCGAUCCCAUGAAUGCCCUGAAUAACCUGACAGGGGUUGGAGGGGGCCCAGGCGCCAUUGGCAUGGGGCCUCGGCCCCCCGGCGCUGCGGUGGGGGGCAUGGGGGCCAUGGGGCAGAUGCAGUUAGGCCAGCAUGCCAUGGCCGGGGUGUCUGGAAACCCACAAGCCAGUGAGUGUGUUUCCUGUUGAUGCGCUUUGUGAAUGCAGGCUG